AUACCUUAAACUCCCGGAUCUGUGGCCAGCGAGAGCUUCAUAACCCACGAUUAAACAUGAUCGAGAUUCAUACAACUUUUAUGUAGAAAGCUGCCUGUAUGCGCUCUCAGUUCAUCGUUGGAAGCCUGACGCCAUGGUUAGGAAUGUGGCAGCUAAUUAGCCAACCUGCUAACUUGCGGUAGAUCCCACUGGUUACAGACGCACGUAAACCUAAAGAAACACUUCUGUCGGCAUUAUGAGUGUUUUUACAUGGUUACGCGAUAGAUUACAAUACUGAUUUAUCAGAUCUGCUGCCAUUUUAAAUGUAACGUUAGUUGUUGAAAGUCAGCGGUAUUCCCCUUCAUUCCCACAGUUCCGUGUGUGUGAUGUAACCAACCUGAUAUGAAUCAAAACAACAUGCAAAACACUUGCCGGCUUUAUAAUGAUCACUGAUCAACUUAAAAAUGCUUUACAGUAGCUUUUACUCUUCUGAUGUUUGUUUAAAAUAUUAACUUAGCUCGACACAGUUCUGCAUGACUACGGAGUUUCCCUUCUCCCGUGUACAAAGGAGCGGGUGAGAGCGCGAGCGAUGAUGCAACCGCGGGCAACACUUGAGCUCGCGCUCAUAGGAGAGGGAGAAUUUGCCACAUAUGCACAGUGACAUGGCAGCACGGUCGCAUUACAGCAAUAUAAUGCCAACGGAUGCGCACAAGCGGUUGACCCGACUUUAAGGUGUUGCAGCAUUUUGCUGAAAUAAUGCGUUUCUGCACAGUGCAUUUGUUCAGGCAAACGGCUACAUUUUGGGGUAUUCUCACAAUACCACCUAACACCAAGUCCAGCUCUGCGAAGCCCGACAACUUAGGUCGGAGAGGGAGAGAGAGAGACAGUGGAAGUGGAUCCAAAUGAGCAAGCAGUUGCAACAGAAGAUAUCCAGCACAGAUCAGAACGGCGUCAGUGUUAUACAGAAUCAGCCACAUAAUAGUGCACUGAACCCGGCAGGAGCUGCAGGACUACAGCAGGUUCCUCAAUUAGUCCCAGUGAGUCCCGGACGUGGGGGUAAGGCCACACCGCCCAGCAAGAUGAAGAAGUCCAUGAUGGAUAAAAACAGCGACGAGUACCGCCAAAGGAGAGAACGCAACAACCUAGCCGUAAAGAAGAGCCGCAUGCGCAGUAAGCAGAAGGCGCAGGACACCCAACAGCGUGUCAAUGAGCUGAAGGAGGAGAAUGAGAGACUGGAGGCCAAAAUCAAAUUGCUUAGCAAAGAACUGAGUGUGCUCAAAGACCUGUUUCUAGAGCAUGCUCACAACCUUGCAGACAACGUGCAGCCCCCUGCUUCUGGUGGAGGCCCCGGAGACCUCUGCAACAACAACAACAACAACAACAACAGUGGCAGUAACAGCAGCCAGUGAGGGCCUGAUGUUGGUUUGCAGUGUGCUAUGCUGUGGGCUGUGUGGAGGCUCUCUUGGCAAAUCAUUUUACUUAAUCGUAUUAUGCUUUUUUUUUUUUCACUCCCGUUCCCAAUGCGUACUGUCUGCACUGUCUUCAGUUUGUACACUCAAAUUUUUUUUUUUUUUUUUCAUUCAUAUCUCAUGCAGAAUGCUAUGAUCGUCAUAGCAACCACAGAAAGUCCAACCCACGCUCUGAUUUGAUGUGCUGGAGAUAACUUUAAUAACCGCUUUCCGUGUGUAAAGCAGCAUGUUUCAGUAUCUAUGAAGACUAUGAAAACUUCUCAAUGGACAAUUUUGAAAUCUGGCCAAAGCAGGUCACAAAGAUUUAACAGUAAAUAUAAUAAUAGUAAAUGUGUUUCAUCACUCAACUCUAAUGUCUAAAGAGAGGAUUCAGAAAUUCAACUAAUAGACAGUACUGCAGUCGGAUAACAUUAUUCAUUAUGACUUGGAAUUAGGCCUUCCAAAAAUUAAGGAUGUCUACAAAUGCAAAGAGUACCUAUUUUGUAUUUCUGCUUUUUUGCCUGUCAGCUUGGUUUGAUUUAAACUCUUAUUUGUUGACCAUGUCUUAUUAUAGCAAAUACACUGUUGUAUCUAUGGUAACAGACUCAAGACAGACUAAAUAUAUUGCAUCAGACUCCAGACAGUGUCUGCAUUACCAGUAGUCCUUAAAUCCCAACAGUUAAGCCGUCGAUUUUGACAAGGGUGGAGAAGAACAGAUAGACUAGAAAAUUAGCUCUAUUGUUAAUGUUAGGGUGUUGUUAACACAGACUUAUUCCACAGCAGUUACUCCCCUGUCUUUGUAAAUACUGUUGAGAUAAGAUUCACAAUGACUGGUACUGGUGCUGAACAUUGAAAUUUAUCAGUCACCUGACGUGCCCUAAAUUUAUUCAGUUAUGUAAAUUUUGAGUUAUAUUGAAAAAUUCCUUAUCCAAAGAAGCUCUUUAUCUGACUAGAUCAAAUUUCGACCAUUUUGUUUCCCUGACCAGUCUCAGCAGUAUGUGUGAAUUUACAUCUGCAGCAGCAGGUGUUGCUUAACGUUAUUGGAGCAGCCACAUGACCUUUGCCCUCAUUGAGUCUCAUAGAACUAUGUGUUCUUGGAGUCGCUGUAGAUAGACUUUUGUACCUCAGGCUAUAUUUCAUAGCCUCACCAGACAGCCUUUAAGAUCUAUAUUCCGGUUUAGGAGGAAAUUAAAAAGGGGAGGAUAAGAAAAGACAAGGCAAUCUUGUAAGAUGUCUGAAGCAUCUUUAAUUCUACUGUAUAUUUUCAUUUUCUAUAUCUGAAGUUUUAAACCUUUAAAAUAAGCAUGAAAGGCAAUGCAUGAUUAGCACUCUUUAAACAACUAAUUAAAAGUUAUGCUCUAUAGAGGAACAUCGAAUCGGCGACUGCAUACUUUUUGUAUUGUUGUAUCAGGCUGGGCUAAAAUAAAGCUAUUGUGUAAAAGUUCUUAAAAAUGAAACUAAAGUCAAUAUUUCAUGAAUAUUUCAUUGGCAUUGGCAAGUAUGAGGGUUGCUGGGCAACUUGCUUUUUUUACAUAAUGUAUACUGGGUUUUGUGCAUUGUAAAUUAAAAAUUGAAUACAAAAUA